UGUAAGGACAGUCAUGUUGCAAUAUAGACAAAAUUCUACACCAUAAGAAGUGUGAAUAAAUCAUACACUUAGCCAAAAACAUCAGAGGGUUUAAUAUGAAUUUUCCUAAAAAGACUAUAGCCAAGAACACAGUUUGGCAACCUGUAUGCGUAGUAAAUGUUUGUUGUGGAGAAGAACACCUGACAGACAAGGGGACAGCAGCUCAGGAAGAAGACCAGGUCUUUGGAGAAGGCGUCACGUAACUCUGGGUGAAUUUUUUACUUUAUUUUGAGGUGACCUUUGGGAAGAUGAGGCAAGUCAGGCAGAACUUCCAUGAAGACUGCGAGGCUGCCAUUAACAAGCAGGUCAACCUCAAACUUCACGCCAGUUAUGUUUUCCUCUCAAUGAGUUAUCACUUCGAGCGAGACGAUGUAGCUCUCCCUGGUUUUGCAAAAUUCUUCAAAGAUGCUAGUGACAGUGAACGAGAUCAUGCACACCAGCUCAUGAAUUAUCAGAAUAAACGUGGUGGAGGUAUUGUUUUACAGCCCAUUGCAGCACCACCACAGCAGGAAUGGGGAUGUGCAGUAGAAGUUGUUCAGAUGGCACUAGAUCUGAAGAAACGAAUUAAUCAAAGUUUCCUUGAGCUCCACAUGCUGUCGUCUACCAAGGAUGAUCCAUUCACAUGCCAUUUCAUCGAUGAUCACUUUUUGAUUGAACAUGUGGAGUCCAUAAAGAAAAUGGGUGACAUGGUGACCAAGUUGAAACGUGUUGGAGCAGCUGGUUUGGGAGUGCAUUUGUUCGACCAAGAGCUCCAGUAGUUUCUUGUAAAUGAUUUUGUGGAUACUAUAGUUAGAUAUGUUUUAUGAUUUAUAAAAUUUAUUCUGUGAUUUAGUCAUAAACUAAAUUGGGUUGUUACUAUUAAAUGAUAGGUGUAUAAUAAUGAUAUUUGGUAUGUAGACCCUUGAUAAAGGUAAAAGUAAUGAAUAUUAAAAAAAAAAAAAAAUCUUUUUAUCCUUCUUUAUAUAUUUUGUACACAUAUUGUAAUGUUUUUUUCUUUCUUUAUAUGUCUUUGUAUACAUAUUGUUUAAGAACUAGUUAAACACCUUCAUUUAACAUUUUUGUGUAAUAUAACUUUAUGAGAGUUAACUUGAGUACUUGAAAACAUAGCAAUAUAAAAUGGCAGGUAUUUUACAAAUUGAAGGUAAGCUUAGAAAGACUAUUUUACAUAUAUAAAAAUUUAUUUGUAGCUUCAUCUUGAUUCAAAUUCAUAAGAUGACAUUACUUUUCUGUGUAAAUGUAUAUGUAUGUUUGUAUAUAUAUACACAUUUCUUAAAUAAGAUCUCAGGCCUUCAAGUAUAGGAUGCCAGCCAGCACUCAAAAUCUAGUGCUUAAAGAAUGGUUAUAUGGUUGAUAAAAACAUUGCAUAUAUACAUAUAAAAAAGGAAAAGGAGACUAUAUGGUAGACUUAUUUUUAAUAAUCAGCCUUGUAUCUUCUUUCUUGUACUUCUUAUUGUCAGGUAUUAGACCAUUCAUUUUGAAAUGAGAAAAGGCUUGUAUCAACUUGGUUAAAAGAGGAAAUUGUUUCAAUUACGCAUAUAAAAUACAAUGUACAUUCCA